GAACACCGAGCUGUCAACGCUGUCAUUAUUUUACGCAAACUCGCAGUCGCUGAUGCACCUAAAAUGUGUAAAUAAAUUUGUAAACAAAGUACAAUUUGGAUUAUAACAACAGUAUUCGUUCUUUUUAUUAAUCACCGCCUAAAUUCGGUCAAUAUUUUGUAAACGAAGCAAGUCUACGGCACCGAUGAGUGAGAGCUAACCUCGUCGAACUCACAACUACUAAAUUACAACGAUUACGUCUGACAGAAAUGCCGUCGAGCUUUGCGUAUUCGACCUGAACAGAUUGGCUUUCGAAAGUUUUGAGAAGGAUUUUAGUAACUGAAAAGUGAAAAUGGCGGACGUACGCGAUAUAUUGGACAUCGAAGUACCGGCCGUUCCGGAGGUUACAAAAGAGGCAAUUUUUGGCGUCGACAAGAAGAACAAAAAACGAUAUGAGUACAAAGUGCCAAAGAGGCCGGAGGGCAUGCACCGAGAGGUUUACGCUCUCCUCUACAAGGACAACAACGAUGUCCCACCGCUGUUUCCAACAGACACGGGCAAAGGCUACAAGCAAACGAAAGCCAAGCUCGGAAUGCGCAAAGUCCGACCCUGGAAAUGGACCCCGUUCACGAACCCAGCCAGAACGGAUGGUGCGGUGUUUCAUCAUUGGCGCAGAGUCGCGGACGCUGGCAAAGAAUAUCCAUUUGCCAAGUUCAACAAGAAAGUUCCUAUCCCGUCCUACACGGACGGAGAAUACGUUCAACAUUUGGUCACCAGCGGGUGGACUCGUUCUGAAACUGACCAUCUGUUCGAUCUCUGCAGACGAUUCGAUCUCAGAUUUAUCAUAAUAAAAGAUAGAUGGGAUCGUAAUAAAUUUCCCGACAGAUCUGUUGAGGAUUUGAAGGAACGAUAUUAUCAGGUCUGCGGUGCUCUAACGAGAGCCAAAUCCCACAACGAUAAGGUUUACACGUUUGAUGCGGAGCAUGAGAAGCGGCGGAAAGAACAGUUGAAAAAAUUAUUUGAAAGAACACCGGAGCAAGUCGAAGAGGAACAAACUUUGCUAUCUGAGCUGAGAAAAAUUGAGCAGCGGAAAAAAGAGAGGGAUCGUAAAACGCAAGAUCUGCAAAAACUUAUUACGGCUGCUGACCAUCAGGUCGAUCCUAGAAAGACUGAGAGAAAAUCAACGAAGAAGAAUAAUAACUCUAAUAGAAAUAGACCUGCAAAGAUCGACUCGUCUCAUGUCGUCGAGUCGGCUGGAAUAAAGUUUCCAGAUUUCAAAAAUAGCAGCGUAAGCCUUCGUUCGCAAAGGAUCAAGCUGCCCAGCAGUCUUGGCCAAAAGAAAAUGAAGAGUAUAGAACAAAUGCUAACGGAACUUCACCUAGAAUUGAAUCCACCUCCAACCGAACAGAUAUGUCAACAAUUCAACGAACUGCGUAGUGAUAUUGUGCUGCAUUACGAACUCAGGGGUGCGUUAGCUACGUGUGACUAUGAACUACAGUCCUUGAGACAUCAGUACGAGGCUCUAGCUCCUGGCAAGACCCUGACGAUUCCGCCAUCUCUACUGCCAAAAGUUGAACCAGAAGUUAAGGCGGAUAUAAUUGACGUUGUCGGCUCACCAAGUAUGCCGAAUGUAACUCAGUAGAGGAGGUUCAUUUUUGAUACUCUCACGGGUACCAAGCACUUUUAAUUUUAAGAAGAAUUAAUUUAAGAAUAUAUCCCACGUUCAGACGCGA